UUCAGCGCCCUUCUACCCCCCGAAACCCCACCGACUCUCCCCGCUCUGCGUGCCCGACGAGCGCUGCCUCCACCGCCGCAGCCGCAGGAGCGCCGGCGCGCCGCGUGGACCGCCGCUGCUAGUGUUCUCCGAGCCGCUGUCACCUGGCUGAGCGCAUCCACGCGCCUCCACAACCACCGCUGUCCGCGCGUUAUGCUCGUGACCGGGGUAAUUGGCCUUUCCUCGGGACAGAACGACUCUUCAGUGGAUCUUUGAACAUCUCUCCCCCCUCCUCCUCUGCGUCCUCCUCCACCUCUCCGCCUGCGCUGCGUCUUUGGUGCUGCUUUUUACGCGGCGAACGCGUCGGCUGAAUCGCCCGCAAAGAGGGGGGAGAGGGGGAGGGAGGGGGGGGGGGGGGGACUCAACAGUUGUUGCGGUUUAUUGUUUGCAUGUCGACUUGCACAUCACUGCCAUGUGGAGGCUACUGCAUCCGUGUCGCUGCUGCUGGUGGAUUUUCUCACUGAUGGUGCCUGCCUUCGUGCUCCUCCGGGCACAAUGUCACCCUGCGCUGACAGGAAGCCAAGCCGAGUCCCAAGCCCCGAUCCAAGGACUUCACAGAGCCACAGUCGACGGGACACGACCCCGCAGAGCCGCCACCGAGGAGACCUACUGGUCCUACUCAGGUAUAUAUGGGCCAGAUGAAGGCUGGGCAUCAGCCUACCCAGAAUGCAAAGAGAGAAACCAGUCACCAAUCAACAUUGUGGACCAGGACAGCAAAGUAUCCACUGAGUUUCAGGAACUGACACUAGAGGGCUUCGAUGCGGAAUCCUCUAAUAAGACAUCUAUGAAGAACACUGGCAAAACAGUGGCCAUCAUGUUGAAGGAUGAUUACUUCGUACGGGGAGCAGGUCUACCAGGGAGGUUUAAAGCAGAAAAAGUGGAGUUUCACUGGGGUCCAAACAAUGGAUCCGAAGGCUCUGAGCACAGCAUUAACGGCCACCGUUACCCUGUGGAGAUGCAAAUCUACAUGUACAAUUCAGACGACUUCGACAGCCUGAGUGCAGCUCUGAGGGAGAGGAGGAUCAUCGCAGCCAUGGCUGUGUUUUUUCAGGUGGGGGCGAAGGACAAUCCGGCUGUUGACCCCAUAAUCCAUGGCCUGAAGGGGGUGGUCCAUCAUGAAAAAGAGACUGUCCUUGAGCCGUUUGUGCUGAAGGACCUGCUGCCGUCUGCACUGGGAAGCUACUAUCGCUACACCGGUUCUCUGACCACCCCGCCCUGCAGUAAGGUGGUGGAGUGGAUCCUCUUCAGCAGACCUAUCUUUGUCUCCUACAAACAGCUGGAGGCUUUCUACUCCAUCUUCACCACGGAGCAGCAGGACCACGUUAAGUCGGUUGAGUAUCUGCGCAGCAACUUCAGGCCCAUCCAGAGCUUGGACAACCGCCACGUCUUCAAGUCAGCAGUCACAGACGCCUGGCUGCCCGACCUGACCGACCGCGGCGGCGGGCCGUAUGGCACCGAGGCGUCCAAAGUUUGCAGCAGCGCUCCCAUCAACAUGAAGGUGCAGCACGUGAACAGAAGUACUCUGGUGGUGCGCUGGGCUCGUCCUGAGGUCACCUACCACCCGCCCAUCCUCCACUUCCUGGUGUCCUACAGCUGGACGACCCACGACGACAGCUACGAGGAGACGCACCUUACUGAUGCCAGAUACAAACUGGAGGCCGUCAUAUCGCUCGUCUCCUUUGAUGUGCUGUACCUGUUUCGGGUCCAAGACAUCUGCAUGAAUGACAUGCGCAGAGACUUCAGCCAGAGCAUGCUCUUCAGAGCAAAUACCACCAGGAUCUUUGAGGGGACGAGGAUUGUGAAAACUGGAAUGCCGACGGUGUCUCCGGCCUCCUCAGCCGACAUGGCUCCCAUCUCCUCAGGCUCAUCGACUUGGACCUCCUCGGGCAUCCCCUUCUCCUUCGUCUCCAUGGCAACAGGAAUCGGGCCUUCCUCCAGUGGAAGUCAGGCAACGGUGGCGUCCUUGGUGACCAGCACUUUGCUGGCGGGCCUGGGCUUCAGCGGCGGCGUCAUCUCCUCCUUCCCCAGCUCCGUUUGGCCGAGCGGAGCCGCGACCCGGGGCCGCCAAUCCGCACGCCAAGCCGGCGAGCCCGCCAAAGACAGCGGUGACGCCGGAGGCGAGGACAGGGAGAACAGCCAGGGUCAAGGGGAAGAGGAGGAGGAGGAGAGGGAAGGGGAGGAAAAGGAUGAAGGGGAGGAUGAAGACGAGAAAAAGAAGAAGAGGAAGACAUCGGGACGUGUGGGCGGGACAGCGAGGGAGGAAAACAGCACGGCAAAGACUGAGCCGUCCAGCGACGGCCCGGAUGCUACUGCAAAGGAGAAAAAAGCGGCUUCUGAUACAGAAAAGCAGCUGGGAGGCGUGUACCCACAAUCUACUUCAUAAGGUCAGCUACCAGCACGCAGCCAGUCGAUGCAACGGCAGAUUUUCUCGUCCUCGAGACCCGGCAGUGACACUCGGAGCCGGAUCAGGGAGGGACAGCAGCUCUGGCCCUUCUACAUCCACAUGGAUCGUCCCGGUGCCGUGACCAACCUGACCCACCGGGCGAGGCUGCGGUCUGGGGCGGGGCUGGACCGCGUUGAGUGGCUGCUACCUUUGGUGGUGGUUUCGGGUCUGACGUUCCUCUGCCUCCUUCUCCUGCUGGCUGUGCUCGUCUACUGGAGACGCUGUUUCCAGACAGCUCACUUCUAUGUGGAGGACAACAGUUCACCGAGGGUGGAACCCAAUGAGACAAACCCCGUCUUUCACAUUCCAGACGACAUGGACGCCAUUCCAGUCAAGCAGUUCAUCAAACACAUCUCUGAACUUUAUUCAAAUAACCAACAACAAUUUUCUGAGGAUUUUGAGGAGGUUCAACGGUGCACUGCCGAUAUGAAGAUCACGUCGGAGCACUCAAACCACCCUGACAACAAGCACAAGAACAGAUACAUCAACAUAGUGGCCUACGACCACAGCAGAGUGAAGCUGGUGCCGCUGGCCGGGAAGGACUCCAAACACACCGACUACAUCAACGCCAACUACGUGGAUGGUUAUAAUAAGCCCAAAGCCUACAUCGCAGCUCAAGGACCCCUCAAGUCCACCUUUGAGGACUUUUGGCGGAUGGUGUGGGAGAAAAAUAUCUGCGUCAUUGUCAUGAUCACCAACUUGGUGGAAAAAGGAAGGAGAAAAUGUGACCAGUACUGGCCAACAGAGAACAGUGAGGAGUACGGCAACGUGGUAGUCACCCUGAAAAGCACCAGAGUUCGUGCCUGUUACACCCUUCGCCGCUUCAUGUUACGCAAUACUAAAGUCAAAAAGGGCGGGAAGGGGAAACCAGAGGCGUGGGCCCUGAAUGAACGCACCGUCCUCCAGUACCAUUUCACGCAGUGGCCCGACAUGGGCGUCCCGGAGUACACGCUGCCCGUCCUCACUUUUGUCCGUAGGUCUUCGGCCGCCCAGAUGCCUGACAUGGGACCAACGCUUGUCCACUGCAGUGCCGGAGUGGGUCGGACGGGGACGUACAUCGUGGUAGACGCCAUGCUGCAGCAGAUCAAAGACAAGAGCACGGUUAAUGUACUCGGCUUUCUCAAACACAUACGUACCCAGCGCAACUACUUGGUCCAGACUGAGGAGCAGUACGUCUUUAUCCACGAUGCCUUGAUGGAAGCCAUUGUGGGGGAGGAGACAGAAGUGACGGCCAGCCAGCUUCACAGCUACUUCAAGAGCAUCACGGCACCAGGACACAGCGGAGGGACACAUCUGGAGAAGCAGUUCCAGUUGGUAACACGGCGUAACGGCAGAUUCAUGGAAUGCAGCGAUGCUCAGAAGGAGUGCAACAAAGAGAAAAACCGAAACUCCUCCGUGGUGCCAUCGGAGCGAGCGAGGGUCGCCCUCGCACCUUUGCCCGGCAUCGACGGCACCGAUUACAUCAACGCCUCUUACGUCAUGGGUUACUAUCGGAGUAAUGAGUUCAUCAUUACCCAGCAUCCUCUGCCCCACACCACAAAAGACUUCUGGAGAAUGAUCUGGGACCACAACGCACAAAUUAUUGUUAUGCUGCCUGCCAACCAGGGCCUGGCCGAGGACGAGUUUGUGUACUGGCCCCGUCGGGAGGAGGCCAUGAUCUGCGAGGCGUUCACCGUCACCCUCAUUAGCGAAGACCGACUCUGCCUGUCCAGUGAGGAGCGGCUCAGCAUCCACGACUUCACCCUGGAGGCCACACAGGACGACUACGUGCUGGAGGUUCGUCACUUUCAGUGCCCCAAGUGGCCGAAGCCCGACGCGCCAAUCAGCAGCACCUUUGAGCUCAUCGACAUCAUCAAAGAGGAGGCCGCCACCCGCGACGGACCAACCGUCGUCCACGACGAGUUGGGAGGCGUGUCGGCCGGCACGCUGUGCGCCCUCUCCACGCUGUCUCGGCAGCUGGAGCACGAGGGCGCCGCCGACGUCUAUCAAGUGUCCAAGAUGAUCAACCUCAUGAGGCCAGGCGUCUUCACAGACAUCGACCAGUACCAGUACCUCUACCAAGCUCUGCUCAGCCUAGUCGGCACCGGGGAGACCGGCUCGUGUUUUCUGUCCAGGGACACUAACGGGACCAAGGCGUCCAUGUCCGAGCAGCCUGACCAGGCAGAGAACAUGGAGUCCCUGGUCUGAGGGGGGGGGGGCGUGGAGCCGAGUGGAGCUCAGGUCUUGUGGGUCCAAACCCCCCCUGCGAGGUCUCUGAGGCACUUUGUGAACCAUCGAGGAACUAUUGUGAACAAGACUUUUUGAGGCCUUUUUGCCAGACUCUCGGUUAAAACGAAUAACCUGAUUACUUUUUUACACUGAUAAAAAGUUUUUGAUAUUUA